GCUAGCAUCAUGGUGAACACUGGAAUGCAGUUGAUUAGCUUCACUUGCGCCGUCACCGGUUGGAUCAUGGCCAUCGCGGUUACGGCUCUACCGCAGUGGAAAGUCUCCGCAUUCAUCGGCCCCAGCCUCCUCACCUCCGAAAUUAAAUGGGAGGGCAUCUGGAUGAACUGCAUCUACCAAACCACAGGGCACAUGCAAUGCAAAACCUACGACUCUCUGCUAGCGCUACCACCCGACAUCCAAGCCGCUAGGGCGCUAAUGUGCAUCGCCAUCUUCAUGGGUUGGCUCUCGUGCACUGUUUCUUGUUGUGGGAUGAAAUGUACGACGUGUGCUGGCGAUGACCGCCGAGCUAAAGCGGGAAUUGCAUUGUCUGGUGGCGUUUUGUUUAUUUUAACAGGACUGUGCGUGUUAGUUCCAGUUUCAUGGACGGCGAACACGGUAGUACAAGAUUUCUACAACCCGAAUGUCCCCAUGAUGCACAAACGUGAGCUCGGCCAAGCCAUUUAUCUGGGCUGGGCGGCGGCAGUGAUUCUGAUGAUCAGUGGAGCGGUUCUUAGCAGCACGUGUCCUGCGAUAGAGAAAGGUGGCCGCUACAGGAGAGGCUACGUGGGACGCAGUUUUGCUAAUUCGCCGGCGACAAUUCCGGAUGUCCCCAAACCCAUCACGACCAAUAGUGUCCCGCUGAAGGAGUAUGUGUAG